AUUGGAUCAGAACAUAGAAAACUUCAAUCAUCAUCAUGCAUGUGUCUAACAACCAGAAGAUUUGUGUCAUUUGAAAAGACUAAAGGAGAAAAAAAGACUUAAAGGAAUACAGAACUCAGUCAGCAGACAGAAACGACAAUAACCCAGUGCUUAGACAUGGCCAGCACCCAGACCAGUUUGAAAACCCCUUUCAAAGACUUGACCUCAUUCAAGGGCAACAUGAAACGGCUGUACAGAGAGCGGCUGGAAGACGCACCCAUCAAGAAGAGAGUCAUGGCGGAGAUCAACCUGAAGCGCCGCAGCUUGGAUUCCUUCCCCAAAACUCCCAAGGUGAAGAGGGAGCAGAUCGAGGAUCUGUGCCACGACUCUGAUAUGGAUGUGGAGGGCCGGGCUGAACUGCACAUGGUGGGCUCUGCUAAAGCCCUGGACCUGAGCCCUGGGCUCAAACACACACUGGCCCAGUUCACCCUCAGCAGCCAGAGCUCCCUUGGGGGCCCAGCUGCUUUCUCAGCCCGAACCGGCCACGAGCAUUCCCCGGCCGGCAUGCCCCCUCUGCCCUCCCCUCCUGUUCUGGGAGGGGGCCCUCUGCUGGUUCCAUGUGACAGCUCCACUGAACUCACCCACUCUCUGUUGGAAGGAGAGUCGAUCUCCUGCUUCGUCGUUGGGGGAGAGAAGCGGCUUUGUCUGCCCCAGGUGCUCAACUCAGUGCUCCGCGACUUCUCGCUGCAGCAGAUCAACACUGUGUGCGACGAGCUCUACGUCUACUGCUCGCGCUGCGACGCUGAGCAGCUGCACAUCCUCAAGGUACUGGGCAUUCUGCCGUUCAACGCACCUUCCUGUGGCCUCAUUACACUGACGGAUGCACAACGGUUGUGCAAUGCUCUGCUGCGUCCUGGGGCCGCCAUGCCCGCCGACCCCAGCGGUAAGCUGUCGACCCAGGGCCUGCUAAAGGAGAGUGAAGCCAGUUUCCAGGUGGAGCACCAAUGUCUGGGGAAGUGCCAGGGUCUCUUCGUGCCCCAGUUCUACACCCAGCCCGAGGCGCCCUGCAUCCAGUGUGUUGAGUGCCAGUUGCUCUUUUCACCACAGAAGUUUGUCAUGCAUUCACACAAGUCACCUGAUAAGAGGACCUGCCACUGGGGCUUUGACUCCGCCAAGUGGCCCUGCUACCUGCAGCUUGCCAGGAAGUACCAAGGCAUGCCGGAGGAGCCGAAGCUCAAGCAGCUUCUGGACGAGGUUAAAGAGAAGUUCCACUACCAGCUCAAGAGGUCGCUAGACAAAAAGGCGGUGGAGGAGGAGGAGAGCCAGGUGAGGAAACCCCCAGCAGAUCUCUGCUCCCCCAGCAGCAAGUUGGCCGAUGCCGACCCUGCAAGAAAGGGGAAAACAUCUCCUCCUACUCUGAUGUUCAACCGUCUUUUCUCUGACAUCAAGGAGGAGCCAGGACACCCCACCCUGGUCCAUCCCAGUUACUACCUGUACACAUACGAUAAAAUGGUGGCUCCCAACGUGUCUCUGCGGAGGGAGGCGGAGAUGAGCCCCGAAAUGCUGGGAGCGCUGCUCAAACACCACUACAGCCGCAGAGUGCUGGGCCAUGACGAGCCACCUAUGGAUCUUCACGCGUCGCCUCCCAUUGCUGCUGGCGCCGAGGAAGCCAAAUCCCAACGUGCCGCUGCUGCCUCGGCCACUGAGCGGGAAUGCCAAACCCAGGCAGUUUCCAUGGAGACAAGCAGCCCGAGCUGCAAGAAAGCCACCCACACCCCCGCCCACACCCCCCCUCCACCUCCUCCUCAUCACCCUCCUGCGUCGUUGUUGUCGCCGGUGACGGAAGUAGCGGCUAAGGACACGGGCUCUGCCAUGAGCAGCGCUGCAGUGGUGGUGGGGGGGCUGGAGGACGACAAGGACAGGAUUGUUGUGGAGAUCAUGCAGAUGUACAGCAGGCAGCAGGAGAAGCUCAACUCCACCCUGCACAAGCAGCUGCAGCUGGAAAUGGAGCUGGAGGCGGUGCGCGGGGGCGAGGCGGCGAGGCUACGGGAGUUGAGCGCCGAGCAGCGGGAGCUGCGCUGCGAGCUGGAGGCGGUGCACAGCGAGCAGGCGCGGCAGCUCAGCCAGGCCCGCCAGGAACAGCUGGAGCUGGAGACCCGUCUGGAGCAGCUCCGACAGCAGGCCUGCGCCUGCGAGCCAGGGGCACAACGCCAGCAAGAGGCCCACUACACUGCACAGUUGUCGGAGCUACGCCAGAGGCUGGAGCGGGCAGAGGCGGACCGGCAGGAGCUGCAGGAGGAGCUGCGCAGGGAGCGUGAGGCGCGGGAAAAGCUAGAGCGCACAAUCAGUCAACUCAAGCAGCAGAUGGUCCAGUCUGCCUCAGUGGGAGGCAGCCCCUCUCCUCCUCUUACCCCUUCAACCGGACCCCCUCAUUCCCACUCCCCGCCCUCCAGCUUCUCAGAGGCCCCAGCGGCUGGCCAUAAGUAACUGCCACCCACCCCCUCAGGCGCCUCCCUCAUUCCUCUCCCCAUCACCCGCCAACUCUACAGACAAAAACAAAUCAGCCCGAAGCAGAAAGGAGCUCCACAUCUCCUCGGGCUGUUUUUAAGUUGUGCAUCUCCCUUUUUAUUUCAGUGUAGGACUGACUUUUGUUUUUGUAAUUUAACAUCACUUAAAAGUUUCAUGUUGUGUUUUUUUUAUUCUUUCUUUUUACUCCCUUCUCCUCUCUUUAAACAGUAUUUAAAGAUUUUUGGGGGGCAUGUAUGUUUGAUUUAAUUUAUAGUUUUUACUGAACAAACAGCUGCUUCACAGACGGGAGUUUGGUCGUGUACAGACCGACUCAACCAUCACUAUUGUUUUUCCUCCCCCACGAUUGUCACCCUCCUCUCCCAUCCCUUCUUGCUCUCUCUGGAUUCUGGAGCUAAUGACUUGGAGACUUCAGCUAAGACUCAGACUCCUCACUUCAUGCUACUACCUGGCACGGCAGCCUGCGCCACUGGACACAUAACGGCGCCCGGCUGCGUGCCCCUUUUCUCCGUCUCUCUGUAUGUACAGCCCAAACGCUCAAGUACCAGCGACUGCAGGAAACUGCAUGGACAUUUCAAUACAUUCUUUGUUUUUUGUUUUUUUGCUCCUUGUAAAACACAAAAAGAAAACAUGUUAAAAACAUCAAAUCUAUAUGGAGGAGAAAGACCUUUACUGUACAAAAAAAAGACAUUUUGCAGAUGUCGUGAGACCUCAUGAAAAUAUGCCAAUAGUGACGCUGAACUUGAAAUGAGUGUUUUGAGUGUGACGCCCACAAGGUAGCUAGCUAGCAAAUCGUCUGGCCUGGCCCCCCAGCUGCUCCUCACACAGACUAGUCCCCCUCUUCACUCUGCUGGGCAGCACCUGGACUCUCCUGUCGUAGACCAAACAGUCUGUCGGUCGAUCCGCCAGCUGCCCGGUGCCAUUAGCGCCGUUGCCCUCUGCUGGGAAACUCCUUAACACUGUGGUUUUCACCCACUUUUAGGCUAGACAGGAAACACUGUGCUCUUUUCUUGGCUUGGCAUGAAGAAGCUCGCGAGCAGUGUUGUGCACUCAACACGCUCUCCUCCCCCAGAAUCCCCUGGGAAAGGAAUGUGUCUGGACACGGGGGCUGGCUGAGCCGGUGUAGCUUUUCUAAGAAAUGAGAAAGGCAGAGUCUCACAUGUGCGGUUAGCUGCGCCGUGUUACCAUAAUACAUGCAGCAUCCCCGCAUGCCCGCACACACUCGAGUGUGUCAGCACAGUCCAAGCAUUCAGGCAGAACAAUGGCCCCAGCGUUCCCAGCAGAUGAUCAAAGCUGCAGUCUGUGCCCGUUUUCUGGGCUUCUUUUUUUGUAUCGUUUGACUUCAUUGUUAGCAGACGGUUUUUAUCCACCACCCUGUUUGUCAGAGCGUCAUCUAAGAAUGUGGGUCGCAGGUGAAAGCAGUUAGUUAGACCAGGGGUUGGUUUGGGCCUCGGGUCCGGCCCCUGCUUCACGUUAUUCUGCCUGGCUGAACAAACAGCGCCAGGCAGGAAGAGGAAGAGAGAGGGGAGGCGAGGAUUGAAGGGAGCUCUCGGGGGGGACGGGUGCAGCUCUCCCCCUGCGGCAGGCUGGGUGGCCCAGACGCCGAAAGGGGUACAGAGGGAGCUCUUUUUGUUUAGUGCAGUCAGAAUGGGGGCAGCUGUUGUUGUCUGUGGGCCUCUGCUCGCCCUUCGGGUGAGACUGUACAGGAUCCCCCCCCUCAUCUCUCAGCAAACCUCCCUCCCUCGUUUUUCUCCCGCAACACUCACCCGUCCAUCCAUCUCCAGUGCCAGAUCAGCUGGGGGUGCGCGGUGUUUUGUAGAUGCCCAGGAGAGCGAGCAGACUUCCAUCCAGAGGAAGAGAGGACUUUUAUUGUGUCAGUUGCCAGGCAAAAGCGCUUUUUAUUGCCACUAAGGAGAUCCCUGUAAGCAUGUGUGAGUGCGUGUGUGUGUAUGUAAAUAAUUGUUUAAAAAGAGAAGGGGAUCGGCCUCAGCUAAACUCUGAGCUUUUUUUAUGCAUCUGCUAUAAAUGCAAAUUGAUAGACAUUCCACUGUGCUCCAUCCUGUUCGAUGCAGAUUUUUCUUACACAGCUUCCCUUUACAAUAACAGACCUGAAAGACUGGGCCGAGUGCAGCUGUGGUUUGUUGAUUGUCAUGAAAGCAGGUGCAGGUGCAAGCCAGUAAAAUCAAACCCCCCAUGCCGCAAAUGUACACUCUACUGUUCCAUUUAAACCUUUAUUGAAAUUAUGAAAGAAAAUAUUUAACGUAUUAACUAAAGAUUUAUAUUCACUUUGUAAAUACAGUAGUCAUUAAUAUAUUAACUGUUCUUAUAUGAAAAAUCUUCAAAAGGUUAUAUAAAUUGGACCAGACUUAAGGCUUCAGAUGUUUUUGCUUUCUUUAAAAAAAAAGUUUUCAGAACUUGAUGUUGGGGGAGUGAAAUGCAUGGUUUACUGAGACAUGAUGCAGGACUAAGGCAAAAUAGGAAAAUAAUACUUUGUUACACACUUUCCCCCCCUUUUUAUGAAAUGAUGCAUUUGUUUUUUUUGUGGAUUUCACCUUGACGGACUGUUUAAAUGUGUAAUGUAAUGAGCUUUUUUCCCUCUUUGUUAAAGCCCCCUCCUCCUCCCGCUGAGAUAAAUUGAAAACAAAACAUUUGUUUAAGAAAAUGCAUUUUGGAAAAAAUGAUUAUUAUAUUCUUUUUUUUGCAUGUUUUGCUGCCCCUUAUGUUUUGUGUCACAGGGCCAAUCUAUCAAUCUGUUCAUUGUAGAAAAAGAAGAAAAAAAAAGAAAAAAUAUGUUUCCCCGUCACGUAACGCACAAACUAUUGAGAUGGCUCAUAUGCAUGAACAUUGAACAUGUGCAAGUUUUAUAUCAUUAUUGGUUUAGAGGAUGGUGAGAUUUUAAGUCAGACUAUGAAGAACAUAAAUUGUAGCCUAAUAUGAUUUGGAAAUGAUGUGAGAUUGUGUGAGAUAGUGUGUGUGAGUGUGUGUGUUUUGGCCUCCUACGUCUGACUGAAGCACAGCAGCUUUGAAAAGGGAAAGAGAAAAAACUUGCUCAUGUAGCUCUGGGUGUUUUCUGAUCAUGUACCCUUGUCUGGAUGUGUAAACAACGUCAGUCAAAAAAAGAUAAUCAGUAUUAGUUUUUAUUCACUUAAUUACCUCUUCAGCGGAAAAGAAAAAAUCCUUUAAAAUAAUCACAUUAGCAGAUUACUAAUCUAAUUUAACUUUGUGUAAUUUGCAUUUUAUACACAAGGGGGCGUUGUUUAGCUUCUUUAAUUGUACACCAUAAUGAGAAAAAAAAGGACUAAAUGUAAAGUCCUUGUAACACGGUUUGCUGGACCCUUUUUUGCAUUUUGCAGUGUUAUGAGAACUUGGAUAUGCUUUGUACAGAAUUUUUACAGGUGUGACGUUUGCCCAACAGACAAGAAAACUAAAAGGUGAAACAACGAGCAGAGCUGAAACCACAUUUGAAUACAGGAUUUACAUACACAUCGCCUCGUGGCUUUGUGAAGGAAACUAGUAAACAAAUCCAAGGUGACCUUUGAACUGUUGCAGGUGGCAUGCUUUGUAGUUGGGUGUGAUUUCCAGCCAGUAAUUAUUCUAUGCCAGUGUGGGAGACGUAGGAAGUAUGGCUGCAUUUGUGAUUGAUCGCACAGAUCACUGGUUACUAAGAAUAGGUACACCAUGUUUUUAAUUUAUACACAUCCUGCUAUAGAUGAAAAAAAAGAUUCAUGGCUUUGCUAAAAAAGAACCCUUUUCCCCCCUUGAUGCUGUUCUGAAACAUGAAACACAGUGUCUGUGUUUGACCAUUGCAUACUACGUUGCCAAUACUACAGUGUGAUGAGACUUUUGUUCUUGCAUGAAUCGAGACACUGUUCUCCUACCUCAUGUUGUGAUAUAAAAAGAUGUUUUUUAAGCAGAAGACACUGCAUCUCUAACUGUUUAUCAUCAUUGAUAUUUACUAGUAAAUUACAUUACCUGUAAAUGCUUUUAGCUAAUACCUCAGUUGUAUCUAGUGUUUGUUUUUUUUCUGUUUUUGCCCUUUUCCCUGAUUUCAGAUCUUGUAAAUAUACCCUGUAUAGACAAUGAACUUGGAUCAAAUUCAAGUAAAGUUCUGUAGUGUCGAA